AUGGCGGUGGUAAUGCCUGCGGCGAGUUCUGCUUCUUCAAAAUUCAGCUCUUCUCCUCCACCUUCUCACUGUUAUGGAGUUAGAGUUAUUGCUGAAAUCGGUCGGUAUAAUGAUUAUAGUUAUAUUAGUAGUAGUAGUAGGAAUAUCAUUAAGUGUAAAAGCAUAUUUCUUCAAUCCCCAUUGUCAUCAUCACUUCAUUCCAUCUCUUGCCGAUCUUCCUCUACUUCCCUUCUUCCUCUUACCCACCACAACGAUGGCAUUCAAUCUCUUUUUCAGAUCCUCCCUACUGAUCUGCGUGACAUACUUUUGUGCGACCCCAACCAAUCUCAGCUAUUAGAGGUGGUUCUGGACCUUGGAAAGUUGCCACAAGCAUGCUAUGCUGGUGACUCCGGGAGGCAAGUCUUAAGGAAUACCCAAGUCACUUGGCAAGAGUUGGAGUAUGCUCAAAAUGCCAUUGGGACAUUUGGAGAUGACAAUAGAGCUGGCAUUGCAGGCACCCUGCACCGGAUAUCUGCAAUUAGGAGUAGAGAAGGUGCCGUUAUUGGAUUGACUUGUCGAGUUGGCAGGGCAAUUCAGGGACAUAUAUGCAUGGUUCGGGAUUUGCUUGACUUUGGCGAGAGCAUCUUAUUCAUUGGAAGGCCUGGUGUUGGCAAAACCACAGUGAUACGGGAGAUUUCUCGUGUCUUGGCAGAUGAACUUCACAAGAGAGUGGUAAUCGUUGACACCAACAACGAGAUUGGAGGUGAGGGAGAUAUUCCACAUCCUGCAAUAGGAGAUGCAAGAAGAUUGCAGGUUUACAAACCAUCUGUGCAACACUUAGUAAUGAGUGAAGCAGUUGAGAAUCACAUGCCCGAGGUGAUUAUUGUUGAUGAGAUUGGUACAGAAGCUGAAGUUAAUGCCUGUUGCUCCAUUGCACAGCGAGGGGUAAUGCUUAUUGCUACUGCUCACGGCGAGGUCCUGGAAAAUAUCGUUAAGAAUCCGAUUCUAGCAGACAUGAUUGGAGGAGUGAAAAGUGUCACAUUAGGGGGUCACGAAGCCCGUCUAAGACAAUCCAAGAAAACCAUUCUUCAGAGAAGGGCUUAUCCAGCAUUUGGCUUUUUGAUUGAGAUAAGGGAGAGGCAUUACUGGGUUGUUCAUCGGACAGCUAGGAGUGUGGAUUUGUUCCUUAGUGGGAGGAAACCACUCGUUGAGAUCAGGAGAAGAGAUGAAGAUUCCAAUGUCAUCAUAGAAAGAUGGAGGACAGAAAGCUGA